CGCAGACAUGUUGGAUUGUACUUACUUUUCGCAACUAUUAUUUCUGCACAUCGUGAGAUUGGCAAACGUAAACACGAAUCAACAAGUAAAUUCCAAAGUUUUUCUUUGACAGAUAAUCAGUAUUAAUUUAUUAAAUGGUCAGUGUGAAUCCAACAGCACUUUUUGUGUAUUCAGUUAAAUAGACAAACUGUUCAAAAUGAAAAACAUCCUGAAUUGAGAAUAUUGGAAUAUUUGAAAAGCAGACGACAAAAUAGAACAAUGAUAUCAAAGAGAUACGACCAUCUACUUCGACUGUUGCUGAUCGGGGAAACUGGGGUUGGUAAAACAUGCCUCCUCUGCAGAUUUGCAACUGAUGAUUUUGUGGAAUCUCAUAUUUCUACUAUAGGUAUAGAUUUCAAGAUGAAGACCAUGGAUUUAGAUGGAAAGGUAGUCAAGGUGCAAGUCUGGGAUACAGCAGGUCAAGAAAGAUUUGAAGCUAUCACAAAACAGUUUUACAGAAGAGCACAGGGUAUUUUGUUGGUGUUUGAUAUAUGCAGUAGAAAAUCUUAUGAAGCAAUACCAAAAUGGCUAGAACAUGUUAAACAGUUUUGCAAGGAAAAUGUUGUGGUAACAUUGAUAGGUAACAAAAGUGAUAAGUUAGAUGUAAGACAGGUGCCUUUUAUAGAAGCCCAAACAUUUGCUGAUGACAAUGACAUCAAUUUCUUUGAAGUCAGUGCCAAAAAUAAGAACAAUGUAGAUAAGCCUUUUCGUGACAUGUGUCGAGACAUUUUGAAUGUUGUUGAACAAGAGGGGGAACCAGAAAAAGAGAACACCAGUAUAUUGAUUGACACUCCAGCACAGACUGAUACCCAGAAUACAUCACACACUGAAACAUUAAACCAGGAACCUUCUGAGGCAGCCAAUCAGAAUCAAGGAAAUUGGUGCUGCAGUAUAUCUUGAGACAGUCAAGAAAAUAUUUUGUUAGUCAGUUUAGUCAGUCUGAGCAGUUCAGAGAUAGGAACUUGACAGAUACGAGAAUAAAAGUAAUAGUCAAUUUCUAGACAUAUGUCCGAAUUCAAGUCAUGAUUCUAAAUAUGCAUUUACGUAUUUUAUAAUAUUGUGGCGAUUACUUUAGCUUUAAAUUUCUUCCCAAAUUGUAAUAAAUAAAUGCCUUCUAUAAAUCAUAUAUAUUUAUUUGUCUGACUACCUUAGCUAUGCAUACUUCUGUUAUAUACCCUUUGACAUGAAAUGUUGAUUUUAUUCAAGCUCUCCUCUUCAGUCAUUUGUGUCACAGGAUAUUGAAUUGAUAAAUUGUUUGUUUAUUUUUUCAAGUAACUUGUAUAUUUUUGAUGAUUUUCUAUUUUAUUUUGAUGUAUGUUUUUAUAACUCUUUAACAAUGCAGGAUAUUAAAGCAGCUUUAUAUUUUAUAUACUAUUAUAUCCAUUUACUGUCUAUGAAAUAAGGCAUCAAAGGUGCUUCCAUUCCAUCAAUCACUUUGCACUACAAAAAAUAAGUUAGCAACUUCAAUAUGAAUUGAAGGUUCACCAGGAGGUGAGCAGAAUUCAUAGAGGUUUGUUGUUUGUAGCGAUGGGUUUGUUGUUGUUGUUUGAAUUUAUGCUAAAAGUAAAUAGAAUUGAUGUUAAAAGAAUACUAUGACUUUUUUCCCCGAAUGCAGUUAAAAAUCUUAUAUCUGCAUACCUUUAGCUAGUCUAUAUUCUGUUAAAAAUGUAAUUUUUUUAUAGACUUUUGAUAACCUGUUAAAUUAAAAAAAAGUUUAAUAUAAGCAGAAUUUUAUCCUUUAUACUUCAUUUUUUUUUAAGUUACGCACUAGUACUUGGCUUAUGGAUGUAAAGCUGAUAUAGCAACAGGAAUUGACCCUAGAAUAGAAGUGAUAUAUCCUAGUCAAGAUUCAUUAAGAUUUUUCUAAUUUGGCAUUUACACGGAAUAAUGGAUGUAGUAUGAAAUAUGUUAAUAUGUUUGAAGUGUGUAAAUAUUGAGAAAAUCCAGACAUUGUAACUUUGUAUGCUCCCAUGUUAUCAUGUUAUAUAACAUGAAUUUAACUUAUACAUAUGUGUAAACCUGGAAAUGAUUUUGAACUUUUUAAAUGUGUACUAUUGCCAUUGCAAACAUUUCUAGGUUUACAGUAUGCAAAGAGGGAUAAAUUUUGUAUCUGUCGUUAAGAUAAGUAGACAUAGGCAGUUGAACAAUCUACUAUAUAAUUUGCACUAAUAUUGGAAUUCAUAUUUACAUUAUGUUCAGAAGUGAAAAGGUUACACAGUCUUAGAACUGAAAUGAAAUCUAAAUAAAAUGAUAUUUUAAGUCUCCCUAGGUCAGUUGUACUUAAGUUUUUGAGUCCUGUACAGUAAAAACAAAAUGUUCGAUUGGACUUUUUGAUAAAUUAAAUAUUAGAUUUUAAUUUGAAGACAAAGGCUAUUGAACAUUCUGUUGUAUAAUUUACACCAAUAUCAGAAGCUGCAGUAAUAUUCUUUACCUGGAAAGGUCACAAAUCUGAAAUCUAGGAAAAAUUAUAAUAGAAUUUUAUGUUAACCGUGAGCCUGCUGGCUGCAAGAGAUUCAGUUUUUGCGACCAGUGCAGACCAAGAUCAGCCUAGGCUGAUGACAUGGUCUGUACUGUUCACUAUUCAGUCUAUAAAUUUUAUGUGAACAUUCCUUUGAAUAAUAAAUGAUAAUGCCCAAUUUGAAUGAUAGACCAGUCCAUAUAAGAAAUUUAGCAGGGUAAAGGUUAAAGACCAAGGUCUAUAAAACAGUCUCAUUAAGUUGGUGCUGUCUGUAAAUACAUGUAACUAUAUUUUCUUCUAUAACUUACCUAUAUAUUCAUUGUGUAAAAUGGUACACAGAAAUGUAACAUAUAUAUGCAUAUUAUUCAGUUUGACAUAAGUAAUGCCUUACACAUCUUGCAUUUCACUGGAGUAUGAGAGUAAAGUUACCUGACAACUUUUUGACAAACUUUGUUGUCUUGUAACUUUAUUUAAAGUCUGAGUGGAAUUGUUUCGUUGUUGUUUCAACUGAUGAUAGCAUUUAAUGUUUUGACUUAUUUUAGAUUUUGUUUGAUUCUUGUUAACCAGUGUUGAUCAACGUAAAUGAAAAUAAUGUAAAACAGAAGGUUUACAGAUAUUCAAAAAAAUCUUUAUUUGAUAAUGUAAUACCAUAGGCAUUUUAGCACAUUUUGUUUUCUGCCAAGCGACCCUAACAUUGUAUUUCUUUACCUUCUCAAAAAUGUCACUCUUGUGAAGUGCAUUCAAAACCAUGAAAAAAAAUGAAUUUGCCGUUUCCUCAUCUGUUUUACAGGUAAAAUAAGGCAAAAUGUACCUGGCCAGAACUGCUAAAAAUGACAGUUAUUAAACAAGGUACAUUUGUGGAUACUUGAAAUAAUUGUGGCAACAGAUUAAGUUUCAGUUACUGAAGAAUUUGUAUGAAGUUUAUGUUAACAAUUUGUUUGUUGUUUGUUAGAGAUUUGUUAGUACUUUUUUCUGUUUUGCUUUGUCUGUGAUUUUUCUGACAUUCCAUUUUGUAAUUUCUUAUAUAUCCAAAUAAGAUGCUGCUGUGCAAUUUACAAUUAUAUUAUUUUCAUAAUAAAUAAUAAAACAGUU